AUGAUGUCCCAAUCGUUUUCGCGGACAUCAAAAUUGAAUUUGCACCAAGUGAAAAAACGCCGCCGUAGCAAAACCCUAGACGGAUUAAACAGGAGAUAUGACUACCGUACCAGGGCAGCUGAUAUGGGAGAUCAGCCUAACAACCUCUACAACCUCAACUCCUACAAGCACUCUGGACUAGCUAACAAGAAGACUGUUACCAUUCAGCCAGCUGGAAAGGAUCAAUCUGUUCUUCUAGCAACUAGCAAAACCAAGAAACAAGCCAAGCCUGCAGCUCUACUUCACAAAUCCAUCAUGAAGAAAGAGUUCAACCGCAUGGCUAAGUCAGUUGUAAACCAGGUUGCUGCUAACUACUACAGGCCAGAUUUGAAGCAGGCUGCUCUUGCUAGACUGAGUGCUGUGAGCAGGAGCCUUAAGGUUUCAAAGUCUGGUGUCAAGAAGAAGAACAGACAGGCAUCAAGGAUUUAUGGUAGGAAAUGAAACAAUGUAUUAGCACUUUUGUGAGCUGAGUUUUUUUUUUUCAUAAAAUUUUCUGUUUAGACUUCUAAAUUUAUCUUCAUUGCCUUUCAAUGUUGGUUGGUUUUGUUAUUUUGAGAGUACUAGAUUUUGAUUUGGUGUCUUGACUUUGACGUUUACCUUUUUAUUUACUCUCCCCUCCCGUGCUUACUAUAGGUUAUGGACUUAUGGUUUGUUCAAUAUUUUGGUAUUUUCAUUCUUAUUUGUCAAAAAGUGAUUAAAAGACGU